GAAAAUCCUAUCAGAGCUGUGUUUUUUCGGCUCAAGGGUACAACGGCAGGGCCUGUCCCUCCUCACCCGUCAGGUUUGGACAGGUAACCGUAACCUGCCUGAGGUCCACGCCCUCCGCUGUGCCGCUGCGCACAGGUAGCGUGAAGCAGGAAGUGACUGUCAACGCCGUCGCUGAUGUUGUAAUGUGGAUGUAUUGAAAAUGCAAAGACUGUGUGUUUGAGCUUCAGAUUUUUAAAAACUUUUUUAAAUAGGAAAAUCCGCCCUUUAAAAGUGAACAUGCGGCUCAAAACCUGCGCGCUUCUGGGACUUCUGUUUUUGACAACACUCGACUUAUCAGACUGCUUACAGACGACUCUCCGACCAGACAAAGGCUCGACGGUGACGGUGUCCACUGAGCUACCUCCAGAUCAAUGUGCUGUGUGUACGGUCAGCGGGGUUAAUGACACAGAGACUUCCUGCCACUCCUCUGUUUCUCUGGUCCCUGAAGUGGAGGUCAAACUGCUGUUUAAUUGCUCCCAGCCGAUUGAGCAGGCUUACAAGGUCACAAUAACUCGGACCAUCGAAUGCACAAAGGACACCUGCAGCCCUGCAACAGUAGAAACUCAACCCUCCAUCCUCACAGAGUUCACCAGAACCUUCAACUGGGAGCUGAAGGCACCUGAAAAGAUCGUUGUGGGUCUGAACAUCCUUGGAGAGGGACUGAUAGAGACGACACAACCGUGUCCAGAUGGAUAUCAGUAUUCAGUGGCCACAUCCAAAACGAACAGCAAGAGCCAGACUCAGUACUGUCGAGGUGGCUCUGUGACUCAUUUAGACCUGCCCAAUCAGGCUGAGGUGUCUCUGCGAGUUAAACCAAACACACAAGUGAAAUCUGUGUUGUUUCAGGCCUCUGCUGGACCACUAAAGGGCCGAACGAUGGUUAUAACCGUUGAUUCCACCACGACUGUGGUCAUCACCAGGAGCCCGGAGGAACCCGAAUGUGAGGUGUGCUCUCCUGAUGGCUCCGCUCCCAACUGUAGCCCGACAGAAAAGACCCUGACAAAUGUUGAAAGCCUUCCGCUGAAUUUCAGCUGCCCAAAACCUCAAGAUGUGUAUAGUAUGAAGAUGAAGAAGACGAUAGAAUGUACCAAGAGCUCCUGCACCCCUGCCGCAGGAGAAAUUGAUCCUGACCUCUUCAAGGACUUCAAAAGAUCCCUAACAUGGGACAUUAGUGUCCCAGAGAGGACUGUCUUAACUUUGGACAUCGCAGGUGAUGGACUGAAGGAGAUGUCUGCACCAGAUCAAUGCCAAGAUGGCUACCAGUACUCAGUGAGGACAACUAAAAGUGACGGAACGGCCAAAACUAAUAGCUACUGCAGAGGUGGGACAGUGUCUCAUCUGAAAAUGCUUGGAGUAACGACUGUGACUGUGGAGGUGCCCAAAGGAGAAGAACUGGACAAGACAAUAUUUACAGUCAAAGCAUCACGAAGAGCUGGCAGAAUGAUGUCGGUAACCCCUGAUCCAGCUACCAUCAUUAUCAUCAGCAGGGUGACCAGCGAGCCCGACUGCAGCGUGUGUGUGGGCAAAGAGCCCGACCAGAAAUGCAAUCCAAAACUGCUAAUCCUGAAAGAUCCUCGCAACACCUCGGUAGAGUUUACCUGUCCUCAGCCUCAGGAUGUCUUCAGUGUGGAAAUCAACAGAGAAAUUGACUGCACAGAGACCUCCUGCUCUGGUAACAUUGUUCAGGCCGAGUCCUCACUGUUCCCAGACUUCAACCGGACCUUCACCUGGGAUCUCAAAGUUCUCUCCAUUCGGUCCUUCCAGCUGGACUUCCCAGAAGCAGGAAUGCAACAGAUUCCCAAUCAGGAGACCUGUCCAGAUGAGCACACAUACUCUCUUGUUACCUAUCUGCGUACAGGGGUAGCAACCAUUGGCACUUUUUGCAGAGGAGGCACUGUGACAACCGUCCAGGUGCGCUACAAGGGCCGUGUGUCUUUACAGGUGCCUGGAGACAGGAAGCUGGAUCCUGUUGACUUUAAACUCAGUGUUGGGCCUGAAACCAGCAUGGUGGCCAUAGUGAAAGUCAACCUACCCCGAGGUGUAUCAGAUACAGACUUCAUCUCUCCCAACUAUCCCGGUGAUUUCCCUGAUAAGCAGCAGAUGCAGUGGAACUUCACAGUGCCCGGCAUGCACAACUACUCAAUGCGUUUUCUCGAUCACACGGCCCCCGAAUGCCUCAACAACGCAGUGGCGGUGGAGUACCAGAAAGAGAACAAGAAGGUGACCAAACUGAGCCUGACGGAUCCUCAGCCGGCGCAUCAGCAGGGCAGCUUCAAAAUGGUGCUGAAGAAUUGUGAAACCAACAGGACACUACAAGGACUCAACUUGAAAUACAGUGUCUCUGUAAUGAGGAGCGGUCAUCCAGUUCUGUGUACGGUGGAUCUGACCAAACACCAAGGAGUGUCGCUGCAGAUAGAGGCAGUGGGCGCUGAUCCCUAUUGUGAGAUGAGCAUUAACUCUAAGGUUGAAAAGAAGAUAAACGUAGCUGCAGGCACUAAAGCCAGCCUCUCCUUCCUCGACUGUCCAAGUGAAGACUUGCGAUUGACUGCAAGUAAAGUUAUUGGAUGCCAAAAUGUGGCUUCAUGCUCUUCGACUCUCCUCAAUGUGCCCAAGUUGGAUUCCUGUCUACCGAUGCCUCUCCACAGCUUCACCUGGCACGUCAACAUCCCAAUGGACAGCACAAUUGAUCUGAUGUCGCCCACAGGGAGUCUUCAACAGUCCCUGCUCGGCCAGGAGUGCAACAGCUCUCUCUCCCUGCAUGUGGAAGAGAGUGAUGGGGUUUCUGUUGGAGAUUUCUGCUCUGAUGGAACGAUCGAGAAACUUCAGGUGCACGCCAACAUAUCCAUCACAGCUAAAGGCCGGGACUUCAGCAAGACGAAGGGGCCUUUUCUUAAUGUCAGCUUUAGUCCAGAGAUCCCAGAGACCAUUAUUUACAGAGUCACCCCUACGAUGUCCUCCCCGACCCUGCUGGCCACCCCAAACUGGCCUCAAGGUAUGAGGCCUUUCUCCACUGUAUCCUGGAUCGUCACUGUGCCGAGCAUGUACCAGGCUCAGCUGCAGUUUGUCAAUGUCAGCCAGCCCAAAUGCAACGACAGGCAUACCGCCAUCAAGGUCAAGAUGCUGGGGUACGAGGAGGAGAUAAUGAGCCGCAGGGAGGACGAGCAGGUGGAGGAGUUGUUGUUGCCACAGAGCUUCUAUCUCAACAUGUCCAACUGUAUACCAGAAGAGGGAAAGUUUGGUGCAGUGACCAAAAUCAUCCUGGAGAAAAAGACCAAUUUCUUGGCCAUCAUCCUUGGGAUAGCAGGAGUUAUUCUUCUUUUGCUCAUAGUGCUGGCUGCUGUGUGCAUCAUCACAAAGAAAAAGAAACAAGAUCAAGCAAACAUAGAGUCAUCCAUCUACAUCGGCAAAGGGAGUAUCUUCCGCCCAGGUGACAGACACUUCACCAAAGCCCGGUCUGACAAUGAAUCCCACGUCUACGCCUCCAUAGAUGAGUCGAUGGUGUACGGUCACCUGCUGGGUGACUCCAGCUACGCCGACAGCGUGCAAGACCACUUCAAAAGCAUGCCGGUGGACUCCUACCACACCUUCAUGGGGCCCACUGAUGGAGACCUGCCCGUAAUCAAAGAACCAGAUCCAGAGCCCGAGAUGGACCAGUACAGGACGUUCCUGGACCCCUCUGAGACUUUCAUCCCGUCGCGUCCACGCACCCCCAUCGACCGGCAGGACAGCCUCGGCUUUCAGGACCGCAGGAUGGUGGACAAUGAGCUGUACACGUUCAAGAACACAGGGGACAUCAACACGAUCCGGCUCUCUGGUGCUGACUUGGAACCGCAACCACUGGUUGAUGAGGUAUCAGAGGAAACCUUGUAGGUCUAUGAGGACUGAAGCUGCACAAUGGACUGCUGUUACUUAAUAACUCUCAUUACAGCACCAAACAUCCCCGGACGGUACUGAUGUGAACUUCUGUGCUUCAGUGACACUCAGGGACUCUGAGUUCAAUAAGUUUCUGAAUGUGAUCUCGACUUGUUUUUGUGAGAACUCAUUUUUUAAAGCUUCAAGAUUGUGUGAAGCUGUGAAAUAGUUUUAAAAAUAUUUGAUUUAUUUGGUUUUAUUAAAUCUUUGCUCGUGUGGUAUGCAUUUCAGAGCAGGGAAACAGAAAAAAUGUGUUUUUUAAAAAUGUUUUUAUAUUGUUUUAGUCUUUUUUUUUGGGAAGAGAUGUGUUUUUUUCUUCUCCUGUAGUGUAAAUACAACUUAGUUUCUUUUGCAAUAAAUUCUAGGAAAAUGUU